ACAUUUGAACUGGGGGGCGAAACUGAAUUCACUUUGCAACAGUAAACCCAGAUGCCCGAGGCAUUGAUACUACACGGCAUGGCUGACGCAGAGCCGGACUUAUCAACGUUCGAGAAUAAAACUGGACUCGCCGAGGACAUGAAGUUUCUGGCUUCUAUGCCCGAGCUAUGUGAUGUUACCUUUCUCGUUGGCGACACCCGUGAGCCCGUUUGUGCCGUCAAGGCUGUGCUUGCGUCGCGUUCCCGCGUGUUUGCCAAAAUGCUUUAUGCCGCCCCUUCACCCCAGCGGAAGAGGGAGACCACCACCAAGGAGAAUAAGCUGCGACUCUUCCUCAAACGCUCCUCGGAGCCGCUGUUGAAUCUACAGAAUGCGGCACAACAGAGAACCGGUUUCACCCAACAAUUAGCUCCGAUACCCGAGCCCUCAGGUCAACAGCAUCAGACGCUGAUCAUUGAGGAGUUCGAGCCGGAUGUCUUCCGUCAGCUAAUCGAGUACAUACACACGGGCUGUGUGACUCUACAACCUCGCACUCUGUUGGGCGUCAUGAAUGCCGCUGAUUAUUAUGGCCUGGAGGAACUGCGUCGUGCCUGCGCUGGCUUUGUGCAGUGUUGCAUCAAUGUGGACACUGUGUGUGCUCUGUUGGCCUCCGCCGAGCGGUAUAUUCAAUACAAGUGCACCAAGACGUUGGUGCAGAAGGUCCUUGAGUUUGUGGACGAGCACGGCAAUGAGGUGCUGAAUCUGGGCAGCUUCACGCUGCUGCCACAGCAUGUGGUGCGGCUAAUACUUGCGAGAGAAGAGCUCCGGGCAGAUGAGUUCACCAAGUUCCAGGCGGCGCUUAUGUGGAGUAAAAAGUACUAUGAUAACAAUCCAAAUAUUGACAUCAAGGAGAUAUUGGGGACAUUUCUGGAAUACAUUCAGUUCCACAAGAUACCCGCAAAUGUGCUGAUGCGAGAGAUUCAUCCAUUGAAUCUGGUGCCAUAUGCGAUCAUAAUGAAUGCUCUGGCUUAUCAGGCAGACCCAGAAAGCAUCGACCCCGGAAAGCUGUCUCCCAACUCUAGCCGACAACAUCGCCAUCGUCAUCAUCACCAGUCCCUGCCCAAGAUCCGCAAGGCCAAAUCCCAAUCAUUCCGCACUCGCCGCAGUCCCUCCGAGCGUCGCAGUCCCAACGCACCUACGCUCACCCUCAACACCAGCGCUGCCAAUGGUGAGAAGAAACGCAGUCCAUUGACACCCAAGAGUCCGGUGCUGCCUCAACCAGAGUCCAAGAGUCCCGGCAGCAGCUCCUCCAAGACGCCAACAUCGCUCUCCCGCCAGGGCACCUUGCGUGCCUCGAGCCGACGCAAGAACAGCGGCCAGUUGACCAUCUCGCUGAGCGCCCAGAAUCAAGGUCGUCGGAGUCCCGUUGGCCUCAAUGAUCGCAGUCCGCAGGGGCGUCGUAGCCCCUUAUUUCCCAGCAGCGGCCUCAGAUCUCCUAACGAUCAGCCCAGUCCGACGGCCAGAAGUCCAACGGGAGAUUCACAGCGACGCAGUCCGACCUUCAGCAUUCAGAUUCAUACUCAGGAGCGUCGUUCGCCGCUGGGAGCCGUUGCACCAAUGGACUUUAGCUGUCAGGCAGGCACUUCCGGCACAAGACGCAGUCCGACAUCCACAGUUCAUGUGCAGGACAUGGCCACGGAGCCAGAGGAGGCUGGCUUCGUUGGCCUGAAGCGUCCCUCGAUAAAUCUCUUCACGCCCAUCUACUUUGCCAGCGAGAAACGCAGUCCAAUGGGUCCCAUACCACCGAUUACGGUUUCCAAUCCCGCCGAGACAUACAAGAGCGCCGAACGGGAGCGCGAGGCAGCCGAGGCGGCUGCUCGGGAGCUGGAAAAGGAAGCGGCCCAGGCCCAGCCACCGCCAGAGAAGAAGAGCGUCAUGCGGGAAAUCUUGGCCUUUGUGCGCAAACCCUCCAAGCACAUCUCGACGCGCACGAAUCGCUUUGCGAAUGCAUUUACAAGGGCGGAAUCUGGAUCCUCCAGUGGUCCAUUGAUACGACAAAGCACCUUCUCUGCCAGCCCAGCGGCCUCGUCGACGGCCGCCAAGAGUGCGGUGCAAAAGCAAAUGUCCGAGGUCGGCUUCGAGCCGAAGAUGUCCCUCAAGUUUGCUCACUACACGAAAAUGUCCUUGAAGCUGCGUCGCUUGGCGCGUCGUGAGGAGGAGGAGAAGCAACAACAACAGCAGCAGCAGCAGAAGGCGUCGGCCGUCAGCUCGGCCGCAGGCUCGAAGCGAGCUAGCGCGGACUCCAAUGCAGGCACACAGGAUCAGGUAGGUGGAUCCGGAACUGAGGAGGAUCUGCCAUUCGAGCUGGCGAAUGUGCACUUUGAGAAGGUAGGUGAGUCCUAUAUCAAGCAUGAGCGACUCCGCGAAUUGGUCGAACCUGAACCAGAACCAGUAGCAGUACCAGUAACAGUACCGGAUGCAGAGUCCGCUGAUAAUGAGCCAGAGCAAGCGGAUGCUGCCAUGGCGCAGUUCGUCGAGGAGGUCACCAACUCCCUGAAAGUUGUGGCACUCAACGGAGAUGGAAGUGUGCCGACUGUACAUCAUUUCACUCGUCGCUCGGAGAGUCGAGAGCCAAUUGAGCCGCGGAUUAGCGAAGAACGUGAAUCAGAUUCCAAUGACCUGAUCAUUCCCGAGGAGCUGCGCGCGGAGCUAGUUGAGAUUUUGAAGGCCUAUGCACCAGAGCCAGUUUAUGUUAAUCUGCAGGCGUUGCGGCGCGAAACGGAGGAAGCGGAGGCGGUGGCACGUGCCAUUGCGGAGGCAGCUGCUGCUGUGGCCGCUGCUGCAGCGCCACUGCCACCGCCACCGCCGGAGAAGCUACCGCUGCAGUGUCCUACUAUUGAGUUUGAGCCGCCAUCGCGUCGUUCGUCCUUUGAUCCGCCGAGGUCACCGUUCCUGGAGCAGCUGCGCAGUCCUGGCGGCGACACGGACACAGAUCUGAUCAAUCUGCAGCGCCUGGACUCGGGUGGCGAUAGUUUCGAAUUGGUCGAUGGUGAUCGCAAGUCAAGUCGUGCUGAAUCUAGCUUCGAUUGUCCGUAUUCCUCGCGUGACACCAGCUUUGAUGUGUCCAUAUCGCGAUAUCAAUCCACCAGCUACGAGGAUCAGACGUCCAGCUUUGAGAUCGUCGAUACUGACGAUCGUCGUCGUCAUGUUGAUCUACGCAAGAGCUCCAUUGAGCUGGUCGAUGCAGAGACCUUUCAGCGUUCCGGCUCCUCCUGCGGACGCAAGUCUUCACUAGAGACGCACUUUGACUACACGCCUUCGGAGACGAGCGGCGUGACACCCGCCCGAUCUCCCAACUUUCCCAUGACCAAGAAACAGAAAACCGAACACUUUCGCCAGCUGCACAUCUCGCCCUUCAGUGCCUUCUCGCGGGCACGCAGCCCGCUCUCGCAGCAGACCUCCUCCAAUUACAGCUCGCGGGAUAGCUACGACUCCAGCUCGUCCUAUCCGCAUGGCCAUGAGCCGCAGCGCAGCCCAUAUGCUGAUCCUAGCAAAAAGCAUUUCCCUCUCACCAUUAAACAACGCGAGGAGGAGGUCAAGACCUUCCUGUGCACCGAUCUCCGCUGUGCAUCGAUCUUUGAGCCGCGUCCCAGUUCCGUGCUAACACAACAGCUUUCCACGGGCUCCAUGUCAACGCCCUCGGCUUCCGGUUACAGCGCACCCCGUAUUUCCGCAACUUUGGGCAGUGGUGCUAUUGCCAUGCCCCAUGCGAAUGCAUCGCUUGGGUCCUGCGGCUUCUCCAGCGGCAGCGAGUUUGAGCCGCCUUCACCGCGACGUGCUGCCAGCGCCUCACCCAAGCACACCUUUACAUUCCGCAUCGUUAUGAAAAAGGUUGACAGCUCACCGGAGGCGUUGUGUCCGGAACGGCAUAGAUCCCGCAUUAUCGAUCGAUAUCGACGCCGGGACAGUCGGCGCAAGCGCAUCCACGAUGCGGGCAAGAGUUUCUAGGCGAUAAGACGAGACUCGAUGUGACGGUCGAAGGCACGAAGCAAUCCCAAGGCAAUCUUAAAUAGUUUAGAGAAAUAAAUCAAAUUGUUCUAACCUCAAUUGUAUCUUAUGAUCAUCCCAGUGAGGAUUGAUGAUAUUUUUUCAAAAGGAAUACAAUUUUUGACAAUCUAAAUGUUAUUUAAUCCAAGGUUUUUCUAUAUAUGUAUAUCUGUGUCUCUAUACAAAUCAAAUGGAACACCGUUUGCCUAGUAAGCUAGUUGUAACGUUCGGGUGUAGUCAAAAUCGUAGGAGCUCAAUGCGAACAUCAAACUUUAUAAAAUGGUUCUGGUUUUAGGCCGUUUCAAAAUUCUAUAAUAAGUUAAGAUAGUAAUACAAGUAUUCGUAAAUCUGCCCAUGAAUUUCUAAAUAGUGUAAGGCAGAUAAUUUUCAUAUUCAGGCUAGAACUCAUCAUCAUUAAGGAUAUUUGCGAAGAUCUAUACUAUCAAGUAAUAUUAAACUUAUACAACAACUUGGUUCAUGCUUGCAAGGUACAAACUUAAAAUUACAGAAACUGAAUAUCAAAAAUGUUUUUUCUUUACAAAAA